GGCCGGUUGCAGCUGUUACUGUUUAUACUUCGUGCCGAGUUGAUCAAAAACGGGAAAAUUCUUCUGACGCUCCUGAUAAACAGAGGAAAAACAGAACGGUCUCGAAUAUUGUACUCUACGCAUUUCACAGUCAAUAGUUUCAGACGUCAUGGAUCCGAACAACGUCAUUUUGUACUAUCUAAACAGAAGACAACUUGGUUACGAGGGAAUUAGAAAUAAUGUCAAAGAAAUUGUUAUUGAUCAAAUGGGCCACAAAUAUUCAAGCAAGGGACACAAUAUUUCUAUUGGGAAUACAUUUGCCUGCAAAUUUAGCAGAAAUAAAAAUAACUUACACUUGCUCGGUUGCUCAACAGAACAUGGUGAAAUAAUCAUUCAACCAACUUUAACUGAUAAUCAGAUUGUACAAGGGCCAAUUACACGAAAUGCUGUACAUAACAAUGCUAUUUUUAACUUCGCAUGGGCAGAACCAGAAAUGAAAAUAGUAACUGCCUGUGGAGAUCAAACAUCAAAAUUAUUUUCAGUAACUCCAUCAGGAAAUCUUGUAGAAAUAAAAGUGUUUCCACAUAACUCAUCAGUUAAAAGUGUUAUGUUUUGUCCAGGAUCUUCUAAUGUAUUUUGUGGUGGAGCUAUUGAUGGUUCUAUUAAAGUUUGGGAUGCACGUAUGAAUCAUAAUCCAAAUGCUUUAGAGUUUGAUCGCAAAAUACCUAAUUCACAUGCUAUCUAUGGUCUUAAAAAGAGAAAACCAAUUAAAGUAUUUGGAAUUUCUGCUCUGUUAUUCAUGAAUGAACAAACAGUUAUAUCUAGUUCCUUAUUAGAUGGUAUUAUUAAGGUAUGGGACUUGCGUAAAUCAUACCGCAACGUAAAAAUAUUUGGUGAACCUUUACCACGCAUGAGAUAUUAUCAUAAACAAAAACCUAAAACAAUUUUUGUUGGUUUUAUGGACAUGAUAACUAAUCCUCAAUUAACUCGUUUGUAUGCAAGUGGUGUGAAUAAUAUGGUCUAUAGUUACGCAUUGGAUUCUACAGAGAGCAAUGCUCUAUGCCAAUACUCUGGUUAUUCCUAUGAAACUAACUAUUCCAAAAUAAGUAUUAGUAAUGAUGGACGUUAUCUAUUUAGUGGAUGUAAUUAUAAUUCAGGUGUUAUAUGGAACACAGAUUUUCCACAUACUGAAAAACCCGUAAUAAAUAUGAUCACUAAAGACCCUAUAAAGAAAGAACUAAGUAGUUCUGAUUGGUGUGCAGAUCCAGCUUGUAUGAAAUUGGCAACUAGUUCUGAUUCAUUACCAAAUAUAUGGACAAUCCAUCCAUCUGUUGAAAAUAAUGAGAAUAUGGAAACAAAAAUAAUAAGAACUGCAUCACAUAAAUAUAAAUUUCCUCCAAGAGUGUAUACUGCUCCAAUCAAACUUGAUGCUUUACUCAAAGAAAAAUAUGAAAAAGAAACAGAGGAAGACAUGGAAAAUUGGGACACUAUGACUCAAAAUAAUGUACAAAAUGUUUGUAAUUUACCAGUUACUCCUAAAAAACCAUGGAAAGUUAUGUUUUCAAAAAAAACAUCACCACAGCGAAAAACUAAAUCCAAACAGUCUUCACCGGUUACACCAACUUCAAAUAGAAAAAGAAAGAAGAGUAGUGUAUCACCUAAAAAUUUAAUUGAUCAUUAUUUUCCAUUGAAUAACAAACGGAAAAAAUUAAAUCCUGUAAAUGAAAAUGAGUAAUUUAUAAUAAGUAUGACAAAGACUAUAUUAUUAUUAUAUAGACUGAUUAAACUUGUUUCAAAUGCUGUUACAUUUUUUUAAGGAUAAUUUAAGUAACCUUAAACUAUAUUUAUUCUG